AGUGGCCAAAACUACAACCUGGCCUGCAAAGUUAGUCAAGAUAACGUAAAUACUAUAAAUAUUUUAAAUUCGCAACUAGUAGAAUCGGUACAGAGUGAGAUCGAGCGUAGACCAACUAUGGCAGAGAUGGUGAAAGACGGCGUCUGGGAACAGGCGCAAUCACGUAAACGAGUGGCAAAACAAAGGAAGAAACAAAACCGCUUCGUGGGACAGCGGGGCAGAGCAGACGCCAUGCAGCAAGGGAAAUUCAAAGCAGCUGAGCUGACGAUACCGUUGUUUAUAUCUAAUGUUCACAAGGACACGUUGGAGGAUGAUAUCGUUGAACACAUUAGAGUGAAAACAAAUACUACAGUCAAAUUACUGAAGAUUAACAUGCUAGAUAAACAAAAGAAUCACAAUGCCUACAAACUAUACGUGCCGAGCGAUAAAAUGAGAAUAUUCCUCGAUGCCAAGACUUGGCCUGAAGGCAUUAUAUUUCGUCGCUUUGUGCAUUUCAAGCACAGAAAUACAAACAGAGGCAACUCUGAGGGAGAGAACACUGUGACGUAAUAUUUAUGGGAAAUAGUAGAACGUGUACAUUUAUAAGUUUUAAUUGCAAGAGCGCAAAAAGGUCGGUAGAUAACAUACGUGGAUUAUGUGCAUUUGCGGAUAUCAUCGGAAUCCAGGAGACGUGGCUGCUCCCAAAUGACAUACCGUUUCUUUCCACCAUACAUGAGGACUUCGCCUAUACAGCUACGUCUGCCGUUGACACCUCGGCUGGGAUACUCAGAGGAAGACCUCACGGCGGCGUCGCGUUGCUAUGGAGAAAGAGUCUGUUUCCCUCGGCGAGUGUAGUGGAGUGUAACAAUAAUAGGAUUUGUGGUAUUCAAAUUAAUGUAGGUUCUAAACGUGUUGUGAUAUUCAGUGUGUAUAUGCCAACCGAUUCUGCUGAAAACUUACCAAUCUUUGUGGAGUGUGUGAGUACUUUACAUGCUAUUAUCGAGGACAGUGAGGUAGACGCUGCUUAUCUAUUAGGGGAUUUCAAUGCCCACCCUAAUGAACCCUUUCACAAUGAACUUAUGAAUUUUUGUGGGGACAGUCAGUGGAUCUGUGCAGACCAAGAAAUGCUUGGGCUCGACUCUGGUACCUAUACAUAUGUGAGUGACAGUCAUGGAUGUGAGCGCUGGCUGGACCACUGUGUGGUGACUCAGGCGGCCUGGUCUACUAUUUCUAAAAUAUAUGUAAUGUAUAAUGUUUAUUGGUCUGACCAUUUCCCACUAGUCAUUGAAUGUAACUUGGAUGUAACUCAUUCAAAAAUAUAUAAUUGUAAUGUUGAUAGGUCAAAAGUUUUCUGGGGUGACAAACAACCUAGUGAUAUUAUCAAAUAUGAAUGUAAAUGCAAUGAUUUGCUAAAAGUUAUUGACUUUCCUACACAGCUCAGUGAAUGUGCAGAUAGCUGUUGUAAUGUCAGUAGUGACAACUUGCAUAGGGAAGUUAUUAAUAAGUUGUAUAGUGAUAUUAUUUGUGCCCUUAGUUCGGCCUCAGUAUUAUGUAAAAAUGACUUGCAGAAUAGGAAGAAUAAACAUAUAAUGGGUUGGAAUAAACAUGUGGGUGAGGCUCACAGAGAGGCCAGGUUUAGAUUUCAGAUCUGGGUGGCUAGCGGUAAGCCCCGUUCUGGUCAAUUAUAUGAUUCCAUGUGUGUAAGUCGCAAAGUUUUUAAAGCCAGAUUAAAAUGGUGCCAGCAACAUCAGGACCAAAUUAAAUUGGACCGGUUGGCUUCUUAUCAUGGUAAAAAUGAUUUUCGAAAUUUUUGGAAGAGUACUAACAGAUUAAAUUACAGGCCGGGGCUCUCUGUGAGUAUUGAAAAUGAGACCAAUCCUGUAAAAAUAGCCAACUUGUUUAUGAAUUAUUUUUCUGUCAAGUCACCCCUUAGUGCAGAACCCCGAAGGGAGGUGGUAGGGUCAGCUGGGUCUGUGUGUACUACUAAAAUUACAGCAAAUCAAGUAAAUAAAGCAAUUAAAAAUAUGAAGAGGGGCAAGUCCCCUGGGCAUGAUGGGCUAAGCAUCGAGCAUCUGCAACAUGCCGGGCCACAUCUGCCCAGGGUUCUUGCCAUGUUCUUCUCACUUUGUAUCAGCCAUGCUUACCUACCACCCGAUAUGAUUCGCACUGUGGUUGUUCCUAUUGUAAAAAAUAAGACAGGUGACAUAGCGAAGCUGGCCAAUUAUAGACCAAUUUCUCUAGCGACUGUGGUGGCUAAAGUGUUUGACGCGGUGCUUGAUGCUCAGCUUGAUAGAUAUAUACAAAUCAGUGAUGCGCAGUUUGGGUUUCGGCCCAAACUAUCUACCGAGAGCGCGAUACUGAGCCUCAAGCACACCGUCGAAUACUAUACACUCAGGAAGACUCCUAUAUAUGCAUGUUUCCUGGAUCUCUCCAAGGCGUUCGAUCUGGUUAACUAUGAGCUCUUGUGGGCCAAGUUAGAAGAGGCGGGGGUCCCUAUGGAUAUUGUGCAUAUACUUAGGAGUUGGUACUUGUGUCAAGUUAAUGUUGUCAGAUGGGGAAAAGACAUGUCAGAGGAAUACAGGUUGGAGUGCGGAGUGAGACAGGGUGGGAGAACGUCUCCUAAGCUCUUCAACCUGUACAUAAAUGCUCUCAUCGAGGAACUCAGCAGCAUUCAUGUCGGCUGUCAUAUUAGCGGUGUAUGUAUGAAUAAUAUUAGCUAUGCAGACGACAUGGUGCUGUUGAGUCCCUCACCAGGAGGGCUUGAAAUAUUGUUAAAACUAUGUGAGAAAUAUGCAUGUAAACAUGGCCUGAGAUAUAAUGCUAUUAAAAGUGAACUUAUGGUUUUUAAGUCUGGGACCAAAAGUCCAUCUGUUGUACCACCGCUAUAUCUAAAUGGCACACCCCUUAAACGAGUGACAUGUGUAAAGUAUUUAGGCCACUUAGUCAAUGAAAAUUUGCGUGACGACGCAGAUAUAGAUAGGGAACGUAGGGCGCUGGCGAUAAGAGCGAAUAUGAUAGCACAUAGGUUCAGAGGCUGUACAGCUCAGGUCAAAAUUACACUCUUUAGAGCCUACUGUACCUCUCUUUAUAGCUGCAGCUUAUGGGCUAAUUACUCGCAAAGAUCGAUCAGCGCCCUACGGGUUCAGUUCAACAACGCCUUCAGGGUGCUGUUGCGUCUGCCACGCUUCUGCAGCGCGUCAGGCAUGUUCGCGGACGCACAGGUAGACAGUUUCUCUGCUACAAUAAGAAAGCGUGCCGCCGCGACGCGUCGCAGAGUGCUUGACAGUAGCAACAGUAUCCUGAGUGUGAUAGCGGGUAGGCCCGAUAGUCGCUAUAUGCAGCACUGGUCGAACUUGCACCGUUCCUUAGCUCCUUAUGAAAUGUAGUAGUUAGAUACCUAAUAAGUUUGAGUAAGUACUAACAUAGUCUUAAACAAGUUCCUGCAUGUACACGUUCGACUAACC